GUAUAAAUUACACAUCUCAGGGAUGACUGUGUUACAUGCGUUACCACCUUUACACCAACGUCAACGUCAUUCCACGACAAUCUUCAGAUCCCGAUGUUAUCGAAAGCGGCUACCGAAGGAUGGUAACAGCACGAGAUGUCCAAAAGCACCGCGAACGCCUCCGCGCAGACGAUCAUUAAAGUCCACCCGCACCUGCUGGAAGCCGACCAGAUAUCCAAAGUGACCACGGACAGGCGGCAGGGCACGGUGCUGUCCGUGGGCCCCAGGCAGGAGCAGCACUUCUACUCGCUGCUGCGCUUCACCCCGUUCUCCGACAUCAAGGAGAACAGCGUGCGCAUACUGGACAUUCCGCGCUCGAAGCGGCUGCAGUUCAAUCCGAUCAACGUGUCGGAGGAGAUGGAGAGCAAGGCGAAGAUGUUCAGCCUGGCCGACGACGACGGGGCGGGGUUCGUUUGCUGCUCGGUCAUCAGAAGGGAAAUGGUGAGGGACCAAGCGGCUUUGGUGGGGGCUGGAACGCAGACGGACGUGGCCGUUAGUCCGCAUAUUUUAGACGAAAAUAACGUAGCUUAUGUGUAUGGUGUCAAUGGAAGCAUCGGAUCGAAGAGGAAUUAAUCGGUAGCUAUAAGGAUUAUUAGAGGAUUAUUCAUGUAAAUAUAUUUCGUAGGUUUACGUAAGUUUCAUUAAAGAUUUUUUUUACCUUACGAAAAUUCUGGUUCCG